UCGCAGUCCACGCCGCCCAAUUAAUGGCGUCACUCCUCGCCUCCAUCUUACCCGCGGCCUGCUCCACCUCCGCCCCGGCGCUCGUCCUCCGUGCCCUCCCCCGCACCCCCCUCCGCCGUGCCCUCGCCUCGCCGCCCCGCAUGUCGUCCUCCUCCUCCUCCUCCGCUUCUACCGCGCCGUCGCCAGCCGCCGCGGCCGGGGAGAAGCCCACGGCGGCGCCGUACGGGUCCUGGAAGUCGCCCAUCACCGCGGAUGUCGUCUCCGGCGCCGACAAGCGCCUCGGGGGCAUGGCCCUCGCCGGAGACGGUCGGCUGCUAUGGAUCGAGGGCCGCCCCGAGGAGAAAGGGCGUAUGGUUAUUGUAAAGGAGGGUGACAAGCCUGUGGAUGUCAUACCUCAGGAAUUUGCAGCACGCACUCUGGCUCAAGAAUAUGGAGGUGGUGCAUUUGCAGUCCAAGAUAAUGUUGUUCUUUUCUCAAACUAUGAGGAUCAGCGUCUUUACAAGCAACUGACCGAAACUGCUAGUCUACCUGCGCCUCUUACACCUGAUUAUGGUGCACCUGACGUCAGUUAUGCUGAUGGAGUCUUUGAUCCACACUUCAGCCGUUAUGUUACUGUGAUGGAAGAUCGACGGACGAGUAGCUUGAAUCCCACUACAACAAUUGCAUCUGUAAACUUAAGCGGUGGGGAUGUCCAUGAACCAAAGGUGCUGAUCAGUGGGAAUGACUUCUAUGCUUCUCCUCGAAUUGAUCAAAAUAAAAAGCGGAUGGCAUGGAUUGAGUGGGGUCAUCCAAACAUGGCAUGGGAUAAAUCAGAACUCUGGGUUGGCUACUUUUCUGAAAGCGGAGACUUGUCCAAACGGGUCUGUGUUGCUGGUGGCAAUCCAAUGCUGGUGGAAUCCCCUGCUGAACCUAAAUGGUCUCCAAAAGGAGAACUGUUUUUCAUAACUGACAGAGGGAGUGGAUUCUGGAACAUUUAUAAAUGGGUUGAAAACACCAAUGAAAUUGUUCCAGUUUACACAUUAGAUGCUGAGUUCACAAGACCAUUGUGGGUUUUUGGCAUCAGCUCUUACGAUUUUCUUGGAAGGAGCAAUCAUAUCGUUUUUACUUACAGGCAGCUCGGAAAGUCAUAUCUUGGUGUUCUAAACUGUGAUUCAGGUUCUGUUUCGUUGCUCGACACCCCCUUCUCCGAUUUAUACAAUGUGGUAACUGGAGAUGAUUUCUUCUAUAUCGAAGGUGCCUCUGCAAGUGUUCCAUUGUCAAUUGCAAAGGUGACUUUGGAUGAGAACAAAACAAAAGCAGUUAAUUUCUCAAUAGUCUGGUCUUCCUCACCAGAUGUUGUGCAGUAUAGACCUUUCUUCAGCACCCCAGAAUUUAUCGAGUUCCCUACAUCCAGCCCUGGGAAGAAUGCUUAUGCCUAUUUCUACCCACCUUUGAAUCCAAUGUUUCAAGGUUUACCAGAUGAAAAGCCUCCAUUGCUUGUCAAAACACAUGGAGGACCUACAGGUGAAACGCGUGCUGUUCUAGACCUUAGUGUCCAGUAUUGGACAAGUCGAGGGUGGGCAUUUCUUGAUGUUAACUAUGGAGGAAGCACCGGUUAUGGGAGAGAAUAUCGAGAGAGACUAUUGGAGAAAUGGGGUAUUGUUGAUGUUGAUGAUUGUUGCAGCUGUGCAAAGUUCCUGGUGGAGAAUGGGAAAGUAGAUGAACAGCGCCUCUGUAUAACUGGGAGAUCGGCAGGCGGAUACACUACUUUAGCUUCACUGGCUUUCAGAGAUACAUUCAAGGCUGGAGCAUCUUUGUAUGGAAUUGGUGAUUUGUCUUUGUUGAGAGCAGAGACUCACAAAUUUGAGUCCCAUUAUAUCGAUAAUCUUGUCGGAAAUGAAAGGGCUUACUAUGAGAGAUCUCCAAUCAACUUUGUUAAUAAAUUUACAUGCCCAGUUAUUCUGUUUCAAGGGUUGGAUGAUAAGGUUGUACCACCAGAUCAGGCACGCAAAAUAUACAAGGCCUUGAAAGAAAGGGGCCUGCCUGUUGCGUUAGUUGAAUAUGAAGGAGAGCAGCAUGGGUUCCGCAAGGCUGAAAACAUCAAGUUCACCUUGGAGCAGCAGAUGGUGUUUUUUGCUCGAUUGGUGGGCAAAUUCGAGGUGGCAGACGAUAUAACUCCAAUCAAGAUUGAGAACUUUGAUUGAUGCGCGCAAAAAUCAAGACAGAGCGUGACUGAUGUGACUGGCGACCUAAACUUGUGGUUGCAGCGGGUGCUGGAAAUUUGGAUGGUGCUGCGGAGCCUAACAGGGCCGGAGAAUAUGGCAACCGCGAGAGCCGAUGGAAUGGAUCGAUUGAUCGAGAUGAAUCCAAGAAACCACAGUGGAGGUGUGUGCGCGCGUACUGCUGGUGGACGGCUCGUUUGUUAGCUUCACGUUUCAACUUUUUUUUUUUCUGUUUAAAAAAGUCAAUGCUCCUGGAAAACUUUAAAAGCUAUUGUCUUUGGAGCAGGCAAGUAUAUGAGAGGUGCACAUCAAUCGUUGACAUAUUUGUUGUUGCCAUGUUGUGAAAACGGCGAUGCUUAGAAGCAUCUGGUGAGCAGCAUGCGCAUGCAACUCAAAAAGGAACAAUAGUUUCCUUACUACGAUAGAA